AUGAUGGGCGAAUGCAGGAUGGGUCAUCUCACUUGUACUUGCCAUCCUCAGUGCGAGUCACUUCGACUUCAAUCCUUCCAUCAUCACUUACCUUUUUCAUUUCAAGUCAAUUUCUUUGUGGAUUGUCCAUCAUCCUUCUAUCAUGCUAUGAGUUUGACAUCAAAUCUUCUUCCACCAUCCACUCCAGCUCGCCAAUUACGGAAUCGAUCUCCACAACAACCGUUGCCUGGGUUUGUGUUGACUGGGUCGGAUUCACAACGCCGGAUCACCAGAGACGACGACGAGACACCCUCAUCUUGUCCUGCUGAUGGUACAACCAACCUUACAACCAUUUUGCCUGUUACAAAUUUGACUGACCCAGCAUCCAAGAAAAGAAGUCGAAAUGAAGCUGGCGGUGAAAGUAACAGUGUUGAUAAGACUGUCAGUAAGAAAAAGAAACCGGCACCUAAAAAAGUUAAACUUACACAAAGCAAAGAAGUACCCAAGGUGGUCGAUGUUGAUCAGGAUUCUUCGGGAGAUGAAGCAAGCGAGACACACCCAGGUAAGAAGGGCGAUGUCAAGGAGCUUCUCAAGUACUUCAGAGUUCCAAAGCACAAAGAUAACAAGACUUGCUAA